GGAAACAUUUGGGAGCAGAUCUUCCAGAUUUCCUUCAUACUGGAAAUGAUCAACACAGUGCCAUUUAUAAUCACAAUUUUCUGGCAUCGAUUAAGAGACAUAUUCGUCCCUGUGUUUCUUAACUGCUGGCUAGCCAAAGGUGCUCUGGAGAAUAUGAUUAAUGAUUUCCAUCGUGCCAUUCAAAGGACCCACUCUGCCAUGUUUAACCAGGUGUUCAUCCUCAUCUGCACCUUACUGUGUCUGGUUUUCACCGGGGCUUGUGGGAUCCAGCAUCUAGAGAGAGCUGGGAAGAACUUGACCUUAUUUGACUCGUUCUAUUUCUGCAUCGUUACUUUCUCCACCGUGGGCUACGGGGACGUCACGCCACAAAUCUGGCCCUCCCAGCUGCUGGUGGUCAUUCUCAUCUGUGUUGCCCUGGUGGUGCUGCCGCUACAG